GGUUCGAAGGUCGGAAAGAGAAGCCUCAGAGCAUAAACCAGGAUUCGUUCACCCACCGACGACUCAGCACUACGCAAUAGGUCACCGAGCUUCUAGACUAUUGCCAUUGCAUUGUGCAUCAGCUCUGUGAGCACAUUCACAAUACACGAGGUCUAAUAAAACAGUCUUGUACUGUCACACAAAGCUAGAUCUUAUUAGAACUAAGUAUGGCUAAUGUUGGUCGCAUUUUUUCCUCUUUUGCUCGUUCUGUCGUGCUUCAGUCAUGCAGAGCAGAUGGGAAUGUGCCUAGGAUUGCAUGCCAAAGGCUCUAUUCUUCAGCAGAAUAUGAGAACAUCAAAGUGGAGAAAAGAGGGGAGAAACAGAAUGUUUUAUUGAUCCAGCUGAACCGGCCCAAGGCCCUGAACGCCCUCUGUGACGCUCUCAUAAGUGAUGUCAGUGCUGCCCUUGACAUUGCAGAGGCAGACAAAGAUAUCGGAGCUAUUGUAAUUACUGGCAGCGACAGAGCCUUUGCAGCGGGAGCGGACAUCAAAGAUAUGCAGCAGUUUGACUCAUUUGCGGAAGUUUUCAACUCAAACUUUCUAGAGAGCUGGGAUCGCGUGGCUCGCUCCAAGAAGCCCGUCCUGGCUGCUGUCAACGGAUUUGCUCUGGGCGGUGGCUGUGAGCUGGCCAUGAUGUGUGACAUCAUCUAUGCCGGGGAGAAGGCACAGUUUGGACAGCCUGAGAUCGCUCUGGGCACUAUCCCAGGGUUCAACAUGCCUCUGAAUGAGGGCCUUAGCCUGGAGAAGAGAUAUUUCCAUGCUACUUUCUCCACGAACGACAGAAAGGAAGGGAUGACAGCUUUUGUGGAGAAACGGGCUGCAGACUUCAAAGACUGCUGAAGUUGUCUUCUUUGUUAUUGCUAUCCUUGGUCUCUCUCUGCCAUAGUCAUACCUUGCUCAACUUGCCGAGAUCCAGCUUUGUGAGACCCUUAAUUUGUUGAUGAAAUGGAGCAACUGUUGAUAAUGAUAGACUGUAAAAUAAACAGACAGUUAUAACCGAG